UCUCACAAACACACAAAUUCCCCAAAAUUUAGAGGUGGUCACCACCAGUCCUUAACCAACGUGACUCUCAUUCCUAUUUCAACGCAACUUCGGUCUUCUGAACCAAUCCCAAUUCGCUGUCCCAUUCAUUCUCUUCUCCUUAAUAUCCAGCACAUCAAACAAACCAAGCCAAUCCAAACCCCCCCUCUCUCUCUCUUGUCCUAUAUAUAUAAAAACCCACCAACCCCAACUCAACCCAUCGCAUUCUCACAGACAUUUUAUCAAACAUGAAAAAUUCUCCAAGAUCUUCUGGGGCCAUGUCCUCAUUGGCCUGCAUGGCUUUGUUCAUGCUCCUUGGCCUCUCCACGGCCAUGGACAUGUCGAUCAUCGACUACGACGACAAGCACGGCAUGGGCGUCCCGUCUGACAGGACCGAGGCCGAGGUGAAGGCCUUGUACGAGUCGUGGCUGGUCAAGCAUCGCAAAAAUUACAACGCCUUGGGCGAGAAGGAGAGGCGGUUCGAGAUUUUCAAGGACAAUCUCAGGUUCGUCGACGAGCACAACAAGCAGAGCCGGAGUUACAAGGUGGGUUUGAACCGGUUCGCCGAUCUGACCAACGAGGAGUACCGGUCUAUUUACUUGGGUGCCAAGGUGGACCGCCGGUUCAGGCUUUCCGGGUCGAGAAAGAGUAACCGGUACGCGUACCGGGCCGGCGAUGAGUUGCCCGAGUCCGUCGAUUGGAGGACAAAGGGCGCUGUUGCUCCGGUUAAGGAUCAAGGCCAAUGCGGGAGUUGCUGGGCGUUCUCAACCGUUGGUGCUGUGGAAGGGAUAAACAAGAUUGUGACUGGUGAGCUGAUCUCUUUGUCAGAGCAAGAAUUGGUGGAUUGUGAUAGAUCAUACAACCAAGGAUGCAAUGGAGGUCUUAUGGACUACGCUUUCCAGUUCAUCAUCAACAAUGGUGGCAUUGAUACUGAGGAAGAUUACCCUUACAAUGCUCGAGAUGGUUCAUGUGACCCUAACAGGAAAAAUGCUCGGGUUGUGUCCAUUGAUGGUUAUGAAGAUGUUCCAGAAAAUGAUGAGAAAGCCUUGAAGAAGGCUGUGUCACAUCAACCAAUUAGUGUUGCCAUUGAAGCUGGUGGCAGGGAAUUCCAACUCUACCAAUCGGGUGUCUUCACUGGACGCUGUGGAACAGAUCUUGACCAUGGUGUGGUUGCUGUUGGAUAUGGCACCGAAAAUGGUGUAGACUACUGGAUUGUGAGGAACUCAUGGGGUCCAAGUUGGGGAGAGGCUGGUUACAUCAAGUUGGAACGUAAUGUGGCUAGCACCAAUACUGGCAAAUGCGGUAUUGCCAUUGAGGCCUCAUACCCUACCAAGAAGGGUCAGAACCCCCCAAGACCUCCCCCAUCUCCAUCAUCUCCUCCUCCUGUGAAGCCCCCCACCGUGUGUGACGACUACUACUCAUGCCCUGUGGGAACCACAUGCUGCUGCACCUAUGAGUACGGCAACUUCUGCUUCAGAUGGGGAUGCUGCCCUCUAGAGUCCGCCACCUGCUGUGAUGACCAUUACAGCUGCUGCCCUCAUGAGUAUCCAGUCUGUGACCUUGAUGCUGGAACUUGCCGAUUGAGCAAGGACAAUCCACUAAGUGUGAAAGCGCUCAAGAGAACUCCGGCUAGAAGCAACCGGCAUUUCCACUUUGGCGGCAAGGUUCCAAGUGCUUGAGGAUCCAAACCUGUGAAAUUGGGUAACCACAAGGAAGAAAGUAAAGUGAAUUUGCUCCCAAGAAAAUAUGCAUACCCCCAAGGAAGAAAUUGCUUUUGUGUUCAUUGAAAUACCAAUUUGUGCAAACCCUAUCUACAUUUACUUGGGAUUCAUUCCUUAAAUAGUUUCAAUGGUUAUUGUAUAUAAAUUAUGUAACCAAAUCAAUUCAAAACAAAUUGGCCGCUGUGCUCUUAUUUAAUCUCCCAA